AUGAGCUUAUCUACACAUAUGGAAAAUGCGUCAAUUCCUAAGGGAAGUACCCCGAUACCAAAAAAUAGGAACGUUUGUUCUUUGAGCAAGAGCGAAUUCCUUGGAUCUUCGUCAAGCAUUAAUUCUUCUUUUCGGGUGAAUCAUUAUUCAAACAGUGGACAAACAUCAGUAUUGGACUCUAUACGGAGACCAAACCUGACUCCUACUUUUUCUUACAGUAACGGCAUAUAUAUGCCUGAGAGUCAUAGAACUGGUUCGUUCAACGAUAACAAUGUGCCCUAUGAUAAGAGCCCCUACAUAAAAAAAGCUGGAAGCAUAAGCAACAAGUCAAAUAUGAAGGUCAAAACAAAGAAAAAUGUUAACAAUACAAAUACAAGAAAGUCAUCAGGAUUCAUUUACUCCACCAAAGUGGAUAAAGAAUUAUCUAGUAUAGCCAAAGUAAAUGAUCCAAGCCUCAACGGACUUAUUUGUGCAGGUAAGACCCAUUUGGGGUUUUAUCAAUUUUCGCCAUCAGACAGGUCCAUUAAGUGUGUCCAUGAUUUUAUAGCACCCAGUAACAACACCUCAACAAGAGGGACGACAUCACUUUUGCCCAAAUUAAGCAAAAGAACAAGACAGAACAAAUUCAGUACAAUUGCGGACGUCAAGACUGGGUUCAAUAACUACAAAAACUGUAUCGCAGUGUGUAACAAUUCUACUGCAAUAUCCAUAUAUGAUCUCAAUAAAAGUUCCUCGAUAGACAAUCCUUUGAUAACUUCUUUAUACGAACAUACAAGAUCAAUCAAUAGUUUUGACUUUAAUAUGGUUGAAUCAAACCUAUUAAUUAGCGGCGGACAAGAUAGCUGCGUCAAAAUAUGGGAUCUACGUUCCAAUAAACCUAAAAGCUCAAAUAGAUCUGAUAUUAGCAUAAAUACAGCAUCCGAUUCUAUCAGAGAUGUUAAAUGGAUGCCUGGCUAUAAUUUUGCAACUAAGAGUGAACAAGGGACAUCAACAUAUGGUAACUCUAAAAGCGGUUAUAAAUUUGCUUCUAUACAUGAUUCAGGUUAUUUAUUAAAAUUUGAUCUUCGACAGCCUGCACAAUACGAGAAAAAAUUAAAUGCUCACACAGGACCUGGACUUUGUUUGAAUUGGCACCCCCAUCAGGAAUACAUUGCUACGGGUGGUAGAGAUGGAAAAUGCUGCCUUUGGUAUGUUGGUGAUAAUGUUAAUGUUGCUGAGAACACAGUACUCAAUUACGGAAACUCUCCCUCGUUGCACACACCUAAUACGUCCCUCAACAACAGUAGUUCACUAGCUUUUCCAAAACUCACGAUCAAUACAGGUUACCCUGUUACUAAAUUGAAGUUCAAGCCCGCUUAUAGCAAGAAUAUAUACAAUUCGUUAUUGGGAAUGUCUUCUAUGGGAGACGAAGCGGAAGUUCGUGUCUAUUCUUUAGCAAGGAAGUAUAUUCCAAAGCAUAUUCUCCUAUCAGAAACUCCUUCCUUAGGAUUAGUGUGGUGGGAUGAAAAUCUCAUCUUUAAUAUCGAUAAGGGAACCCGUAUUAAUGGUUGGAAUAUUAGCAAAGAGCCGACAGUGUUGGACAAUUUGAGCAAAAAUACAACAACUUGGAGGGAUUUAGAUGGUAACGGUUUACUUUCAGUUGAUCAGGAAAUAGGCUCCUAUGAACUAUCAGAACCAGAGCUUCAACCUAUUUCGACUGCCACAGGGAAGAAACAUCCGGUUUCAACUAAAAAUAUGAAAAACAGCAAUUCAGAAAACCAAAGUAUAAUUGGUGGGAUAAAAAAGGGGUUUAGUCAUACUGGAUUGACAGGGUUUGCGCCGGAAAGACCACCUGUUUUGAAAGCAGGUCCAACUUUCAGUACGAAAAGUUUAACAUUAACAUCUGGUGCAUCGUCAUUUAACAGCUCUUCCGCAUCGUUGACAUCUUUGACACCACAAGCUGAAAAUAAAGAAGAAAUUGCUAUCGAACCUCCUUGUAUCAUCACUUUAGAUAUACCGCAAAUUUUUAAUAACAUCAGAUUGGCUAAAAUCGCACAUCUAGGUAAAAAUGGCACAGUUUCUCAAAGCUUUUCCAUGCGUUAUUCACCAGUAGAAAGGUUCAAAUUUUUGGCUCGACAGCUUAAGUUUUCGUACAUUCAAGAACAAAAUGGUGCAAAUAGCAUUGAUGCAAUAUAUAAAAAAGUAGAUAGCAUUGCUGUUACCAAGGAAAAUUUGACUAAGGAUUAUGAUAGCGGUAGUGAUGACGAUGAUGACAAGAUAAUCGAAAGCCAUCUUCUGAAAAAAUACAAUUUUCCAGAAAAUAAUACAUGGGCUACGUUAAUGAAUCAAAAAGGAAAUAGCAAACAAUCCAAGAGGAAUUCAAAGGGUUCCAAGGACUUUGAAGAAAAGGAUGUCAGAUCAAGUAUUUCUUCCGUUUCUACAAAUAAGCAAAGCCAUGGUGGAUCUAGGAAGAUCGACAAAAACAUGGAAGCAGAAUUGCAAAAUAAAAUGCAAACACUAAUAGAUUUGGUAUCUAUUGCAACACAUAACGCAUCAGUUUAUCUUUCCAUAGAUGAUCUAACCAAUUUCAAAAUCUGGAUCUUAAUUAGAGAUUCAUUACUAUGGGACUUGAAAUGGAUGACCUCUUCGCCAGGCUCAUCUGAUGAAGCAUCCAAUAUGGAUAUCAAUGAAAGUUCCGACUUCGAAACAGGAGAAAACCUGCGGACAGGAAAAGACUCCACAGAGGAAGGCGGUGACGGGACAAGCGGUGCAGAAUCAUUGAUAGAAGAAAGACCACUGGCAUUUCAGGGAAGCUAUGAUCGACUAAGUGAAACCGAAAAUAAACCUAUCUCCAAACUUAAAGAACAGCUUGCAAAUACAGAAAGAAUCACGUAUACACAAUCAAGUGAUGGAUCAGAUGAAGUUUUAAGAAAAUUAAAAGAGCUUCAGAGUCAACAUUGUAAAUCUAGGGGUGAAAUGGGAGAAGCUGUGAAUGAGGAUGUGAUCAUAGAGGAAGAGGAGCAUGAACAGCAACAAGAACAACCUCAUGAUUCAUCAAUCAAAUCAGCGCAUCCUCGUACAUCCCCAAUCGCCAAAAGCAUACCAAUAUUACAAAACCGAAAGCACCGUAAGUCUUUUAUAGAUACGUUUAUGUUACAUUCUCCCAAUGGCUACAAUGCAGAUACAGAUGCAGGUAUUGAAGAGGAUAAUAUAUCUCCUAGGUUUGUUUACAAUAGUGUGAGCCCACGUAGUAAAGUAUCAUCGUUACAAAGCUAUGCCACGACGACCUCCCAACUAGAGGCUUUCAAAAAACUUUCUUCCCAAACCGUACCAACAAUUGGAUCGCCUGGGCAUGCUUUAUCACGCCCAGAGAGCAUUGCUAGAGAAAAACUGUCUUCUUCAUUGACAAAAAAACUUGCCAAAUGUAGACAAGUUGCUGAAGAUCCACCGUGGGAUACCAAAAAACUCAUCAAACAACUUUACAAACAAGCUACCGAAACUGGGAAUGUCGUAUUGACAGUGAAUAUUCUAUUUCUUUUCCAAACCAUAUAUCAAAUAACGGAAACUAAUAUUGCCAAAGACGCGAUUUCACACUUCUUGUUGUUGCUGCAUCGGUAUGAACUAUUCGGCAUCGCUGCCGAUGUGCUAAAAUACUGCCCGUUUGAAGACAUAAUGGGAUCAGAAGGUGACCAAUCUUCCAUUCGACUGUUUUGUGAACGCUGUGGUGAGCUAAUUACGAACGAAAGCUCUAAAGAAACCCUUCGGGCAGAAGCUCAACAAACAGGAAAUAAGAAGAUAAUGGACAAGUUCGGAUACUGGUAUUGCGAUUCCUGUAAGAAGAAGAAUACGCUUUGUGUCCUCUGUGAAAGACCUUUGAAGAAACUCACUAUGGUCAUUCUUCCCUGCGGACACGAGGGUCAUUUCCAGUGCAUACAAGAAUGGUUUCUCAACGAAAAUGAACACGAAUGUCCCGGCGGUUGCCCUGGUGUUGCUUUCAUCUAA